ACGACCAGAGUAUGUGUGGCUGUAUGCACAGUAGCCGGGACCAGACACUCCACUUGGAAGGGGACCCCAGUCUUUCUGCAGCCCCACCAUCUACUUUAGCACCUAGGAAAAUGCGCAAAAGCAUUUCAAUAUCGAAACAACUGGCUUCAAUAAAAGCUCUCAAGAAGGGCUCAGAUCUGGAAAAAGCCAUUGCCAGUAUCGCUCUGAUUUUCAGAAAUUCUUCUGACCCUGAUGGUAAACUUGGAAAAGCUAUUGCCAAAGAUCUGCUGCAGACCCAAUUUAGGAAUUUCACAGAGGGACAAGAAACGAAACCCAAAUACAAAGACCUCCUUUCUGAACUCGACGAGCACACUGAAAAUAAGCUUGAUUUUGAGGAUUUCAUGAUUUUGCUCUUAAGCAUCACUGUAAUUUCAGAUUUGCUACAAAAUAUAUGGAGUGUAAAAAUCAUGAAUUAAAUAGCUUUAAAGAAUGCUGUUAGACAAAAUAAUGGCAGUAGACAGUGUUAAACGUUUAAAGAUUUUUCCAUUUUAUUUUUAAUUAAUUGAGCAUACUGAUCAUGAAUCUGGAACUGCCUGGGAUGGUUCUGAUUGCUAAUAUCUAGAUCCACUGUAACUCCGAAAGUAUACGCAUACGCUUCAGGAUGUUUGAAUAGUAUAGUGUCUGGGUGCUUUACAAUAGGAUAGAUUUGAUAUCAAUGGAUAUCAAAUUGCAUAUACAGUAUAAUUAUAACUAUGAUAAGGAAAUCAGGAAAGUAAAAGAGUUUAUCGCCUGAUGUGGGCUCAAAGGUCAGAGAAACUUUAUCGACAUUCUGCAAAAGGCAAAACUACCCAGAGGGGAGAGAGAUCAGUGGUUACCAGAACUGUGGCUGGGCUGGGAAGUGUAGUUGUUCACAAAUGGGCAUGAAGGAACUUUUUUAGGGGGGAUGGCAAUGUUUUAUAUCUUGAUUGUGGUGGUGGUCACAUGACUGCACAUGUGUCAAACUCUUAGAACUGUACACUACAUAAAAAGGAUGAAUUUUGCUGUAUGUGAAUUAUACCUAAAUAAACAUGAUUUAAAACCAAAA